AUGGCAGACGAGCUUGCAGAAAUUACGAAAAAAUUUGGUAGUCUCAGCGAAUACAGCAUACAGUUGAACCGAUGGUUCUUGAAACCAAUAGGCGCGUGGCCCGAAUCAUCCUCUACUACAAAGCGUGAAAGGAUUAUAUCGCAAAUUUUAAUUAUCGUCUGUUGGAGCAUCGCAUUGUUCACCAUAAUUCCUGGCGUACUUCACAUCAUCUUCGCGGAUGAAGAUCUCUACUUUAAAUUGCAGUCAUUUGGUCUUGUGAGCCAUUGCUGUAUCGGAGGAUUCAAUUAUGCUUCAUUGUUAUUACGUCGUGUUGAAAUACGACAUUGCAUGGAACACGUACAGGCUGAUUGGAAAAUUAUAACGAGAACCACAGAUCGGAAAACAAUGUUGAAGAACGCCAAAAUUAGCCGAUUUAUCGCGGGUUGUACUGCAGUUUUUAUGCAUAGUGGUGUCUUUUGUACUUGCAUUGUAUUGGGUGGUAUAAAGCAUACCAUUACAGUCGGCAACGAAACUAUGCGCAUAUAUGUACUACCUUGUCCACCCUAUAAAAUUCCAUUUGAUACUAAUCCAGCACACGAUAUUGUCCUCGCCACACAAUUUUUCUCGGGAUUUAUCUUCAGUUCGAGCAUAAUCGCUGCAUUUAGCCUUGCUACCACCUUUGCGAGUCAUGCUCUUGGACAAUUGAAUAUCUUGGGGACAUGGAUUAACGGGCUCGUAAAUCAGUCAAGAGAUCGGUAUGUGGACACCGUGACUAACGAAAUAGGUAUAAUUGUCGAACAUCAUCUACGAGUUCUGAGUUUCAUAGCGCGUAUCGAACACGUGAUGAGUCCAAUAUGCUUCAUGGAAACGUUCCACUGUUCGUUGGCUAUAUGCAUGACAAGUUUUUUCAUCCUAAUGGAAUGGUCUGGACAAAAUACUGAAACCAUAACAGCGUAUGUUAUGGUAAUCAUAUCUAUGACAUUCAACGUCUUUUUAAUAUGUUAUAUCGGUGAAGUAAUAACAGAACAGUGUAAAAAAAUCGGUGACGUGGUUUACAUGACGAACUGGUAUGAGCUGCCAGAUAAAGAUAUUCUUAAUCUCGUCAUGAUUAUUUCGCGAUCUAGCAUGAAGGUAAAGAUGACAGCCGGAAAGUUGAUGACUAUGUCCAUAUACUCAUUCGGUAGUAUAAUCAAAACAGCUUUCGCUUACUUAAAUAUUCUGCGUCAUAUGAUAAUGAUGUAA